AUGUCCAAGAAGGCGACGAAUUGGAAGCUGUGGGGGAAGAUGAUGCUCGGAGGAGCGGCCAUCUGCGUCGGAGGACCGGCAUUCACGAUCUGGGUGACACCAACCGAGGAAGAGCUGUUCAAGAGAUAUAACCCGGAGCUGCAGAAGAGGAGUCUGGAGAACCGCGAGAAGACGCAGGCCGAGUUCGAUCACUUCGUAACCAAGCUGAAGGAGUACUCCAAGUCCGAUAGGCCGAUCUGGGCGGUGCGCGACGAAGACAUCGAGAGACAGCGGAUAGCGCAGCUUGCGGCCAAGAAGCAAAAGGACAACGACCUCAAGGCGCAGCAGGAAGCGAUGAGGAAAGAGUCGGGACUCGGCAAGGGAACCCCCCGCAGAAAGGUCAAGCGCGCGCCCGCCCGCUCUGCCGCCGACGACAAGAAGCUCCAGGCCGCCCUGAAGAAGCUCAACGUCCAGCCCAUCCAGGCCAUUGAGGAGGUCAACAUGUUCAAGUCCGACGGCAACGUCCUCCACUUCGCUGCCCCCAAGGUCCACGCCGCCGUCCCCGCCAACACCUUCGCCAUCUACGGCCAGGGUGAGGACAAGGAGCUGACUGAGCUCGUCCCGGGCAUCCUUAACCAGCUCGGCCCCGACUCGCUCGCCUCCCUGCGCAAGCUCGCCGAGAGCUACCAGAACAUGCAGAAGGAGGGCAAGGACGGUGAGGAGGACGACAUCCCCGACCUCGUCGAGGGUGAGAACUUCGAGAGCAAGGUCGAGUAA